AUGUCGGGUGAAAAGGUUGAGUGGGUUGAAAUCAUCGAACCUAAAACUAAAGAACAUAUGUAUGCUAACUUGGCUACUGGAGAAUGUGUAUGGGAUCCUCCAGCAGGUGUUCCAGUAAAGAAGACUGAUAACAAGCAGUGGUGGGAGCUGUUUGAUCAUAAUACUGGAAGAUUUUAUUAUUAUAAUGCUACAUCACAAAAGACCGUCUGGCAUCGACCUCCGAAUUGCGACAUCAUUCCUCUAGCCAAACUCCAGACGCUGAAACAGAAUACUGAACCUUCUCCUGGUGGUGGAAGUUGUGGUGUUGUAAGUACACCUAAGGAAGAUGAAAAGAAGAAGGAGACUGUAUCAACGCAGACCCCUGGAAGAUCUAUUAGGGCACUGCCGCCAGCAAACAUUAAACUGAAUACUGGAGGAAAUAUGCCUACACCUCUCAAUACGAUUGAAAAAGCAAGUGAAGAGGAAAGUGCCAGUUCCCCAAGAACCUCCCGUCCCCAUCAUCACCACCAUCACCAUCACAGACAUCAGGAUGGUUGCAGGUCUGGAGAUUCUAGGAAUCGAAGAGGUAGUCAAAGUUCCUGGAGAAGGAAUGCACAAUCUCAGGAUUCAGGUAGAUCAUCAGAUUCCUCCUCAGUAUCAGUUUGCCGCCAGGGAGGAGAGAUCAAGCCGGCACUUGCUCCAUCGCCUUCAACGCCCCUCCUGAAGAAGAGAUCUCCAUCCCAGGCGAAAGCUAACAGUUUCGACACAAACAUCAGUAUCGGUGGUGGUUACAGCCUUGGUCAGGAAAAUCGAGUUUCUACUCAAAGGCCUCAGCGGAUUUUGACCGGCUCAGCUUCUAAUCAUGGCAUAUCAAGGAGCCAUUCCUUCGCUCAGAGGCAGAGAGCCAAAGAAGAAGAAGAGGCGAUGCAUGAAAAAUAUUUUAUUGGUGACCAGUUGGACAAAGAAAUGAGCAGUAUGAAAAACUCUGCACCCUCAAAACUCAGUCCUGAAUAUUCAAAUUUCAUCCCGCCUCCUCUUAAAUUAAGCUAUGAACACUCUCGUCCAUUGAGGGAGACUCAAAGUGAUAUUGAGGAUUCUAAUGGUGCUUGGGGAACAUCUAAUAAAAAACAAAUUAGUGGUCAUAGUUCAGAUCAAGAAACUGCUACCAUUCUUGAAUUAGCUGAAUCAAAACGCGAAACUAGUAGCAUAGAAGAUCGAAGUCAAGAAGAUUAUGGAUCGGGUCUUCCAUUACAACCACAUAUUAUUCCAUUGCACAGAUAUAUUGUAGAGCAAGCAAAAUCAUCUGGCUGUUACAGGUUCGGACAGUUACCUGAAGAAGAGACGGAUUCUCUCAAUUCAGAUGAUGAUGAUGGAGGUGGAGGGGGUACUGGGAAGGGACAUCGAGACGGUAUGGAUUAUGAUUCCGAUGAAUUUGCUGAUGAUGAAGCAGUUUCUAAUCAAGAAAGUUCAUCUGAAGAAGAUGAUGUCCUUGAUGAUUUGGAUCCCGAUUUUCUUCCAACAGUCCACCACCAUGUUUACAUUAAUACCAGUAGAGGCUUCAUUGACCCACCCCAUUAUUCAGAUACAGCAGAUUAUGCUGACACUCCUUCUCUUAUUGAUCAUAGCUCGAGUCUUUAUUGCAAUACAAGAGUCUCCCAGCAUACUGUCAGACCUAUUACAAAUCCUAUAGUGCCACCCCACGAAACGCAGCAUACUUCCCUGAAGAGGACCAAAGAUCCACCAGCCCCUCAGUUACCUCCUUUGUAUUCUCCUAUUCUCGAAAGAUCUGAGUUGGGAGAAGCUUAUUAUACAUCAGCCCAUUCUCUCCCGAAUACUCCAUCACCUAUGUCAACUGCACAGUAUGAACAAUUGUCCAGGCUUGUCUUAAACAGGGAAAAAAAGUUACCAUCAGACAGUGAUAUUGAAAAAUAUGCUCAAGAUAACCUUAAUAUUCACAAGAAAGGCAUCUUCAGGAAAAAAUUUUCUGUUCGAGAACUUUUGUCUUGGUCAAAAGAUCCAAUAAGAAAACCUAUGCUAGUCUUGUCAGAUAAAGCCCUGAAGAAGGAAGCUACUGAAGUAUUUAAGAUGGUUCAGACCUACAUGGGAGACAGAAAGGGGAAACAAGGUUCGAGUCCAGAUGCGGUUCUUCUAGAUAUCUGCCUCCUCGCCCAUGCCAAGGCCGCUCUUCGAGAUGAAUUAUACAUCCAGAUCUGUAGGCAAACUACUGAAAACCCUAGGAAAGAUAGUUUAAGAAAAGGUUGGGAACUCAUGGCAAUCUGUCUCUAUUUCUUCCCGCCAUCACCAAAGUUUCAAGCAUAUCUAGAAGGUUAUAUGAAUAGGCAUAGAGACCCAAGUUAUGACUUUCCGGAGGUUGGUAAAUGGCCAAUUCACGUUCAGGUCAGCCAUUAUGCAAGUGUCGCUUGUAAACGUCUCCAAAGGAUAGGUGUCCACGGUAAGAGGCCUAUCAGAAAACCAACGUUAGAAGAAAUAGAGCAGGCUCGGUUACAAAUAUUCCGGCCGAGUAUGUUUGGUUCUACGUUAGAAGAAGUUAUGGCCUUGCAAAAAGGAAGGUUUCCCCAUUAUAAACUUCCCUGGGUCCAGACGACACUUUCCGAUGAAGUCCUGAGGCUGCAAGGAACACACACAGAGGGCAUAUUCAGGGUCUCUGCUGACGUGGAUGAAGUUAGUGGCCUGAAGCAGCAACUCGACCGAUGGGAGAGGCCAACCGAGUACACCGAUGCUCACACGCCUGCUUCUCUUCUCAAGUUAUGGUAUCGAGAAUUGUAUGAACCUUUGAUACCUGAUUCCCUUUACGAAGAUUGUAUAUCUUGCAGUGAUGAUCCAAGUAUGGCCGGCGCAAUUGUGGAAAAGUUACCUCCACUUAAUCGAAUGGUUCUGGCAUAUCUUAUAAGGUUUUUGCAGAUUUUCGCUCGCCCCGAGGUAGUUGCUGUCACAAAGAUGGAUGCCAGUAAUCUAGCAAUGGUCAUGGCACCAAACUGCCUUAGGUGUUAUUGUGAUGAACCCCGCAUCAUGUAUGAAAAUGCACGAAAGGAAAUGGCUUUCAUAAGAACUCUUAUCCUGAACAUGGACACAGCAUUCAUGACGGGCAUACUCUAG